AUGUCUGGACUUCCACCGACCCUCAACGCAGAGACUGGCACCCCCGCACACGAGUGGGCCCAGUCCACGACGACCGCCGCCUUCGCGCGCGAGGACCCUGCGCCCGCCGCCGAUUCAUUCACCCCGCCUGGCGUGCUCAAGACAACUAGCACCGUCUCCACCCCGGGACACGAAUUUCCUGGGGCUUAUCCCAGCGAAGCUGGCUCGUUCAACACGCAGGCAUUCACUGAGGCCGCAAGGAACGCCAUGAACACCGUCUCCACCACUGCGCAGCAAUACCUCCCUGUAGCGCAGGAGACCGCUGCCCAAGCGGCCCAGCGUGCCGCUGCCGCUGCGUCACAGGCGACGCAGACCGCCUCAUCCUAUCUCUCUAACACGUCUGUCGUCGAUGGAUCGACUGUACGGGCAUCUACUGCAGACGACCCGCACCAAACUUCUCUGCCGAGCACGGAGACGACGGGUGGGCUUCCCCAGGAACACGUCGGAGGCGCCGGUGCACUCCCGGCAGCGUCCAGGAGGCGGCGGUCACGAAGCUCCCGACGAGCGCAGCGUGAAGGGCGAGCCUGCGCCAUCUCGCCCAUCGCAGGCAGCGCUGUUCCCGCCACGGCCGCCUUCACCGCGCUCGCGCCCUCCGGCGAGCCGCACGCGCACCCCCAAGCCACGUCCGUGACGCUGCGCGACUCGCUCCCGUCGCAGGAGGCGGCCGGGCAGUCGCCAUACACGCAUCAAGACGGCGCGGGCGCGCUGCCGGGGCGCAAGCGCGAGCAGGGCGUCGCCGUCCUCCCCGACGAGAGCGGCGGGCCCGCGGGCGCAACCGCGGCGACGUCGGCAGCGACGGGCGCGCAGCCGCGCGACUGGAGUGCGAACCCCGCGCUUGCUCGUCCCGGCGACGAGGCGGGCAACGAGAGCCGAGGGCUCCGCGCGGGGAGGGACGUCGCGGGCGGCGUGGGCUCGCUUGGCGGGAAGGGCGACAAGCUCGCGGAGAUGGACCAGGCGGAGCGCGAGGCGCGGUACCGCUCGGCGGGCACGCAGAAGCCGGCGCAGAAGCCGGCGGCGGCGGACAAGGUGAGCGUCCCUGCUGGGUGUGUGGGUCCGGACGUGGACGACGCCCCGAAGGAUGGAGACGCGCAGGAGGAGGAUACGCGGUCGGGCAGGGAGACGCAGAUGAAUCUGCUGUCGGUGAACCUGCAGCCGCGCACGCACCCGCUGGGCACGGCCGACGCGGCGUGGCGCGGUGUUGGCGUCGGUGUUGACUCGGGCUAUGCGGAUGGGGAGGGCGUCGACAUCGGGCGGCGGCCUGGUGUGGUCGAGUCGCCUUCGGACGAGGGAAACGCGACGAAGGAGGAGGAUGGCGCGCCGGCGGAGGGCGGCGAGAAGGCGAAGAAGGCGACCUUCAUGGAGAAGAUGAAGGGCGAGGCCAAGGUGGUGAUGGGGAAGCUGGAGGGGAAGAAGGGCGUCGAGAAGGUGCAGGAGGGGAAGAAGCUGAAGGGGGCGAGGACUGUAGCAGUAUUUGUAUCCCUUGUGCCUAUGUCGUGUUAUAUCGUUGUACUGCAAUUGAAUUGA